AUGUGUUGCCUUCUUUCAGGUAGUUCUCCUCCAAGAAGCCUAGCGGAGUCUCUAUGCACUGUAGUCGCAUCGAGCAGGCAUCACGAAUCCCAUCUUUUCUUUCCCCGGCCCAUAUACUCGGGCAUCAAGUUUAGGGUACAUUUCGUGCUGAUUGGUGGGCUGCUGCAGCCUUCGCGCAGGAUUUGGAAUGAUCCCAACUGCGAAAGGACCGCCAACACCAGUGAGGGAAUCGAUUGGGAUGUUGUGCGGUUCCAGCUGCUCCAGAUCCCUUUUCCAGAGAGCAUGGCGGCGAUCGGGCCUCUGAUGACUCGAUUGGAGAAUCCGCACGAACUGGAUUUUGGGGCGACACACUGCGUUUUCGGAGUCGUGGCCGUGUACUUUUUCUUCGUGAAAUACCUCAUCGAGUCCACGAAGCCGCAUCUCACCUUAGCGCGGCAGUAUUACUCGCAGCUGGAUGCUUUCUCCAGCGGCAUUCACCCACACCUCCUCGACAGGUCCGACUGGCUCGUGAAAGACGCGCGGCUCUCUGCCCUUCGCCGAGCGCUGCUGGGUCGGCUGCGGCCGGGCAAAGAGGAUCCCGGUAGGAGACCGGCGAUCUAUGUCUACGAACACGACAUUGAGAUGGUGCGCGAGCUUUCUCAGGGUGGCUCCUUCUGCGGCAAGGGCCAGUGGGGGAUGGAGGUCCACAUUCACGAGUGGCUGCUGGCCAGCCCCUACUUGACAAAAGAUCCCGAGAUGGCGGACUUCUUCUUUGUUCCAGCCUAUAGCAUCUGUAUGUUCGAAGGCGGCUUCUUUCCCAUCCCCGCCUUGGACGACAUGUAUAAGAAGAUGCUGGAUCAACUGCCCUACUUUCGGCGGAAUCGGGGGCGCGACCAUAUCUUUACCUUUGGCUCCGGUCUUUCCGCCAACGUGUUUCCAUCUUGGCGCCAAGAAAUACCUGAGAGCAUUCAGCUUAGUCCGGAGACCUGGCUCUUCAACGACGUGCUGGACAUGAAAGAGCCCUGCUUCAACACAUGGCGGGAUAUCGCCAUUCCUGGCUAUCUGCACAAGCACGAGAUCCUUUCCCUCUACCAGAGGUCUCGCCCACUUGCAGAGCGAAAGCGCUUCGCUGUUUUCCUGGGUCGGAUCGAUUCUUCUCGUGGUCCCCACCCGAGCCAGGGAGGUCCGGACGUCAGAGCCGCUAUACGGAGACUCAAGGAGGAGGGGAAAAUCUACGUUGCUCAGAACUUGAGCUUCCCAGAGAUGCAUGCUGCCAUGGGCACGGCGAAGUUCUGCUUCGUUCCGAAAGGUAAAUCCGCGUGGUCGCUGCGCUUCUUCGAGGCAUUGUUUGCAAACUGCAUUCCCGUGGUGCUCUCGGAUUUCUGGGAGUUGCCUUUCGAGGCUUUCAUGGAUUUGCCGUCCUUUGUGAUCAAAUGGCCCAUGGCCCUGGUAGGAGAUGCUCUGAUGGACUAUCUGGAGUCGCUUCCUGAGGAAGUCCUCGAGGAGUACAUGAUGCGUGCCCGUGAAUGGCGCUGCUGGUAUGUCUACCCAUCCCUGCUGCACGAGGUGCAAGUGGAGAAGUCCCGGGAUGAGCUUUACACCAUCUGCCCGGAGCUCGACAGGGAGAAUGCCUACGAGGGGAUCAUGCGGCUUUUGGAACCGAGAAUGCGAAGGUCGUGGACGAUGUCUCGAUACUUCGGCCCCAAGGACGUCGAGAAAGUGGUCGAGAAGAUCCGGUCGGAGAGCCAGCAAAAAGAGUCGACG